GAGUCGCACAGUAACCGAACCAGUCAGCCAGUCGAGCAGUCAGCCAGGAGCUGUGAGAAGAGUCCAGCCAAGAGGGCAGGCGUCCUCCCAAUCCUGAUGGUUUCCAGAUGAGCGCCCAGACGGCCAGGCCUGAACGGAGAACACACACACACAGAAAAAGAAAAUAAGAAAAAGUGAGAGAGAGAGAGGAUGGAGGGAGGGAGGGAGGUGGCAACAGAAAAAAAAACAAAUGAAGGAAUGAUCAUGCGUAUGAAACUGGUGCGUGAUGUGAAAUGCCGAAACUCAACAGUCAGUCGGAGCGUUUUCAUCCACCGGUGUGAUGUUCGUCCCCUGAGUGAGACGGGAAGAAGAGUGUGUGUUGAUUUUGUGUGUGUGUGAUGAUCAACAUGAGGCAGUGGUGGGCUCUGCUCAUCACUGUUUACCUGUCCACGCACCUGGCUGUCACUCAGCACCACAGGAAAGCUCUGUAUCCAUCUGCGUAUAGGAUAAAACGCGGGGCGUAUUCGCUGAUCAACCCAACGUUCCAGCGUUCGGCGGAGGAUGUCAGCCUGCUAUAUGAGAUCCUGCUCGCUGGAAUGCAGAUCCAAGGUGGCGAGCACGACAUGCUGAUCCCAGACGAGGAGCUGGCCUCCCUGAGGAGCGUGGAGAAGCUGGAGGUCAUCUGCGAGGACGUCCUGCCCAAGAGGCUCUCAGACAUUCGCCGCUUGACGGCGGAGCUCGGCCAGCGCAGACAGCGUCUGAGCUGGCAGGACUUUGAGAGGACGGUGCUGACCCUGGUGUACGCCAUUCAGACGCUGGAGCGAGUCAGCAGCCAGCAGCAGAGGGAGGCGUGGACGGACGCUGCGGUGCAGCUGUUCAGAGCCGUUCAGAAGGACCUCCGACCCUCUUGAGGAAGAAUCAGAAAAAACAUUUUUUUGUGGUGAUUUCACUCGCUCAUGGUCACCUAUAUAUGACUUUGUACCAGUUUUAUACAUACCCUACUUACUAAUUCUAUACAGUAUACACUAAUUGUACUAACAAAUCCAACAAUAAAAUCACCUCAAUCCGUUAACUCAAGGUCUACUAACUGCUGUGGUAAAAGCUAGUAAGUGGACCUUGAGUUAAGCUUGUCAAAGUGUUUCCGAGGUCAAAAAUGAACUUUUAAACUCAAGAAGUCGACGCUACUUUACUGUUUUGUACGAACAAAUGGUGCAACACACGAGCUGUCUGUGAAAGUUCAACUCUGGAAUUCACAAAGAGAAAGCGAAAUAUUGUUCCCCAAAAAGAUUUCAUCCUUUUUUUCUUUGUUUUCUGUGAUCUUCCUUAAACUGUCUCACCACUAUCCAUAAUUUACUGUCUUGCAGCAUCUCCUCCGCUCCCUUUAUGCAAUGCUUUAUGGGACAACACCACCACCACCAGCAGCAGAAGCAGCACACACACACACAAAAAACCAAGUGUAUUUCGUAUCUGUCCCAAUGCACAAACUUGCAGUCUGGAGCACUGAAGUGUACAUUUACACCUCCCCGAUUGGUAGGCAAGUUUGUCCCAUGACUGAAAAAUGACAACACACAGUACACUUGGUGCUGAAUUCACACCAGAGCAGCAGCAGCGACAUGAAAAGCUGCAGCAGUCGCUCCCGAACUCGGCGAGCUGCGGCCGUUUGAUUCUGCGUCGAAGUGCGGCCAAAUUAAAGUUGGGAAAGGUUUAACUUGUAGCGACAAAGUGCAGCCAGACAGUAAACAGAUCCUGUGACUCCUGGGACAUGUUGAUCUGUGUUACAAAGAAUUUCUUCCCGCCUGAAACACAUGAACACGUCUCACGGCCUCAGAAGAAUGUUAUUAUUGCGGUGAGCCACACUUCUCCGCUGGCUGGUGUGAAUUAGCCAACACUUGAUGCUCACAUAUCUCGAUUCCACUUUGAAGCAAUAUUCAGAGCUAUCCUCAUAAUAUCGACUCCUGUCAAACAUGCAGAAGUUAAAGUUUAUACCAUGCUUGAUUCAGCCUGAAUGUUAUUAUUUACGCAUAAAACACUAUGUAGUAAUGGCAGAACCUCAAAAAAUAUAUAUUCUUCUUGAUGAAACUAGAAUAUCUGAGUGUGUAAAAACCAGUAUGUAUCCUUUUGUCAAUGAUUGUGAAAAAUAUGUCGCUUCUCUUAAAGGUGCAGUGUGUAGGAUUUGGCGGCAUCUAGUGGUGAGGUUGCAGAUUGCAACCCUAAACGACUCAUUCUAAGGUAACGAAAACAAUUCUUAUUUUCAGGUGAUUAUACACUAAAGAAAACAUACCAAUAGAUGCCAAUAGAUCCCCAUGAAUGCUACACACUGUUCCUUUAAGAUUUAAUCAGAUAGAAACCAUUCAAGAUAAUAUCACAAUAUCUCUUUUUUUUAUGUAAAGUACAUCUAAAUGUGUCUUGAUAACUUCAUUUAGUUGCAUUUUUGCCUUUUAUUAGACAGUCAGAGAGAGAGAGAGAGAAGGGUAUGACUUGCAACAAAGGUCUUGCAACACGAGGACACCCUGAUUUAAUUGCUUUAUCAAUGGUAUUACUCCUCCCAGCUCAUAAAUGUGCAGUUCUCAUCUGAUUCUAACUGUACUGUACAUUGAUCCUACUUAUUUGUUCAUUAUGUGGAAAUGAAAUAAAACCAGCCAAGCAUCUGUGCUCCCAUGUA